AUGAUUAUUAUUUUAAAUAGUUUAGGUCGCGCGAUGAAUUUAAUAGAGAAUUAUAAUUAUACAUUAUUGUCACAGUUGCCAAGUGCACCGACGGCAUAUGUAAAGAAUAAUGGAGGUAGUUCAAGAUGGGCAUUCAAGAAACCAAAGACACAGACCUAUCAACAUGGGCCGGCGACACACUUGGAGUUUGACAAGAACGAACAGUUGCUUGUGACGUUUGGACGUCGUGUCAUGUCGAUCAACGUCAAGAGAGCAGACAAUCUCGACAAGGACAGAGUGAUGGGUGAGUUUGUCGAGACGGGUGCCGUGUCGGCCACCUACCGCAAGGAUUACAAGCUGUUUGCCGUCGGUGAAGGCUCGAGCACUAUCCGUCUGAUGACGACCGACAACCGUAUGAGCGUGCGCAAGCUGCACGGCCAUGAGGGUGCCAUUCAAUGCUUGCUCUUUACACACGACCAGCAGCGUCUCAUCUCGGGUGCCAACGACGGUACCGUGCGUCUAUGGGACGUCGAUUCGGGCGAGCAGACCAUGAUUAUUGGUGGGCACACCGAUCAAGUGCGUGCGAUUGCAUUGUGCGACGACAAUAACCGCGUGCUCAGUGGUUCGUACGACCAUAGCAUCAAGCUGUGGGAUAUCGCCGAGGAAGAGUGUUUGCAUACGUUUGAUCACGGUGCACCUGUUGAAGCACUGCUUGUGCUCGGUGGCGGCGCGAUGGCCGUCUCUGCAGGUGGCACGUUUAUCAAGGUGUGGGACUUGUUGUCGGGCAGACUCGUGUACACGGGCGACAACCACAGCAAGACAGUCACAUCCCUCUACCUCAACAAAAAGGGCACCAAGUUUAUCACUGGGUCGCUCGACUGCAUGGCCAAGGUGCACAGCGCCACCACAUACAAUGUCGUCAGCUCGGUCAAGUUCCCCGAGCCCAUCCUCUCGCUCACCAUGAACGACGACCGUCUGUUUGCAGGUUCGGCAGCCGGCAACAUCCACAUUGCCACACGUGCCAACGCUGCCGCCGUCGACCCCCACGCCGCUGCCAAGCUCGCGUCCAAGAAGCGCGGCAAGAACCAAAUCCAACUCGACAUGCAAGAAAAGAACCAACCGUCGACUAUUAUCACCUCGGAAAACCAAUCCGACUUUCGUAAGCUCGACAAGCUACUCAAGCGUUUUGAGCACCGCGCAGCAUUUGAUUUUGCCAUCAACGUCAUGAAGAACAACGAUGUCAUUGCCCGUGUCGUCUACGAGCUCUCCAGAAGAGACGCCCUCGUCAUCGUGCUCAAGGACCGCAAGGAGCUCGAACUCGUCGAGAUUAUGCACGCUAUUCGUCGUUUCAACGGCAACUUGAAAUAUAUCAGCAUUGGUGUCACGCUCAUGGACACUCUCCUCUCGCUCUACAAGGGUCAUCUCUUGAACGGUGAAUGCAAACCUCUCUUUAGUUCCAUCAAAAACGAUAUACACAAACAAUGCAGUCGACAAAACGCCCUCUUGAAAAUUUCAGGCGCCCUCCAACUUUUAUACCUCGCUCAAGACAGUCAUCAACAUCAAACCAAUCCAGAUGAACAAAUUUUCAAAGACAAUGAAUCAACUACAUUAGAUGAUGAAGAUGAAUCAGAAGAAUCGGAAGAAUCGGAAGAAUCUGAAGUUGAAAAAUUAGAAUCAAUUGAUGAUUCAGAAGAUGAAGAAGAAGAAAAACAAGUGGAAAAAGAAGUGGAAAAUAAGAAAGAAAAUAAUAAUAAUAACAAUGCAAAGACAACAACAACAAAUAAUACUAAUGGAACAGAAAAGAAAAAUACUACUACUACAAUUGCUGCCAAACCUGCAGCUUCAACAAAGAAACCAACUCCAACCAUAACAGCAACAGCCAAACCAUCAACCACAAAAUCUGCCAAACAAGCUGCCACCACAACUAUUGUAGAAAAGAAAAGAAAAUCAUCAGAUGAAGACCAGGAACAAGAACAAGAACAAGAAACAAAACCAACUGCUGCCACCACAACCUCUAAACAACAACCAGAAAAGAAACAAAAACAAUCAUUAACAGCUCCAACUCUUUCAAUGAUGAACAAACAAGUUAAAAAGGCCCCUGCUACAACCCCAGCAUCUUCCAAAAUCAAAGCUAAAUAA